AUGCUCGAGUUUCUUUUAGCUAAAGGAGUUCGUCGAAGCAGAUUGGGCUCGGUGCUUCAACGUGGACGCAACUUACUCUGCCGUGAUGCUCGUUCAACAAACAUGGACAUUCUGGUGGAGAGAGCAGGGGUUCCUGUAGACAAGCUGGGUGUGAUUAUAGAGAGAUGUCCGACCAUCUUGAGUCGGAGAAAAGAGGCGGUGAAUUUACAGCUUGAGACGUUAUCAUCUUUUUCUGAAGCGAGAUAUGGAGGGAAGGUAGAAGCAGAUAGCACCAGCACAAGCCUCCUGCAGCAGCAACAAGAUGAGCUGCAUACCUUGACUUCCUCAGACACCCCCUUCAUUUCCUCUAUGCUUUGGCGGGCCCCCACCAUCCUCACUCUAUCCACAGAAACUCUUUUAGCUAAGCUCCAGUUCUUUGUCGAUCUGGAGGGUGAGGAGGCAGCAGGAAGAGUGGUGAGGAUUUACCCGUCGGUUCUGCAACUUUCGAAGAAGAACGUGCAAGGCAAGCUGGCGCUAUUGGCUGAGUUGGUUGGCGGAGAGAAUGCUGUGCGGGUGGUGGCACGAUUUCCUUUGCUAAUAACUUCUAGUGAAGAUGGCAUGAAGGAAAUACAUAGAGAGCUUGUGCGUGAAGUGGAAGUGGCGUUGGAGAGCAGUGGGGAAGAGGGAAAUGGGACGCAAGGGUUGGGCGAAGGUGAUUGGACGGCUGCUGCUGCAGCUGAUCAGGAGGGACAGGGAGAGGAACAGGAGGGGGAGGAGGAGGUAGGACACGGGGAUAGGAUGGGGGAAGAGGAGGAGGAACGAGAGGAGCGAGGAGGGGGGGACACAGGCGAGGGUUUGGAGGAGGAGAGGGUGAUGGUGGAUGAAGCGGAAUUUGACCUGUAUCUGGCCCAGCUCUCACUCAAGGUGCAUGAAUCUGCAUUCUCACAAAGAGUGGAUCGUCCUGUAUCGCGUACAGGCGAGCAGGAGGACUUAGCUGGAGCAGGUAGAGGAGUGCAGGAGCGAGGAGAGGAGGAUUUGAGAAGAGGGGAGGAGAUUCGCGCAGCAGUCACACUGCUUCAUGACCGAUCGGCCUGGGGCCUUCCCUGUAAACCCCUGGUUGUGGGGAGUAGGCCUAGUGCUAGUGACAUAGGGAAAGAGGCGAAAGAGGCAGUGGUGGUAGGGUCGGCAGUGGAAACUGAGUCUGUAAGGUCAGCAGUGGCUGAAGAGAGGGAGGAAGAGGCAACAGCGGAGCAGGGUCAAGGCCAUGUUGAAUCAAUCAUCCCUGAUGCGACAUCUGUCGGCGUUUCAUUGGCUGUUGGAGAAUACCCAGAGAUCCUGGACGAGCUUUCCAGGAACGUUCUUCGCCAGAGGAGGAUGACGGCGGCAGCGUCGCGAAGAGAGAGACUUGAAAGUGAGGGUAAUUUACCCUUACAAACAUGGCCACCAGAUGUGCCGGUUGUGAGAUGGGUGCAGGAGGCCCAUCUGGGGGCGGUGGCAUCUCUGCUGGAGGCGGGGGACGUGAAGGGAGCAGCGGGCCGUCUGCGGUACCUGAACGUGGAGUAUGGGGCUGUGGAGGAGGAACGAUACAGAUCUGCCCUGCACCAGUUGGUCCUUGCACUGCGGCCUCAGGUGCCCCAACAAGCGCCGUCCAGCAGUCCUGUUUGGACGGCAGUGAGGAAGGAAGAGACAAUAAUUGCCGUCCAGGAGCUGCUAGCGUCCGGUUCGGUCCACCUGAUCAGGCUGUUUCAGGCUGUAUGGGACGAUCACAUUCGCAGCGAGUCCCAGAAAUCUGCCCUCCUCUCCUCCAUCGCCCCACCGUUGGAGGCCCUACACGCCCUGCUGCUGGCACACGUGCAAGCUGGCAGCAACGACCCUGAAGCUGAGGAUAAUCAAGCAGAAAAGAAUCAAGCAGAGGCCAAACCAGAAGCGAUUGAAGUGGAGGGAAAACUUGAAGAUGAAGCAGCGAUACCCAAAGAAACGAAUGGAGCAACUGAAGUGGAGGGCGAGAGGGGGGGAGAGCCUAUGGAGGAAGGAGAACAGAUGAUGGGGGAGAAGGGAGGUGGUGGCGAGGAUUGGAGGAGAGAGGGCGUGAGAGGAGAAGGUGUGAGGAGGGGGAGUGUGGAGGAGAGGUGUGUGUGGGAACUGGUGGAGCAUGCGAGGGUGGAGAGGCAGGUGGUGGUUGGGAGUGUGCUGGAGGGAGCUUUGGCUGCUGUGCACGCAGGGCAGUUCAGCAAAGCAAACCAUGUUCUCACCAUCUUCCUCACCUCUCCCAACCCCCAUUCCCCUCCCUCCCUACAGAUCCUCCGACUGUGUCCCCCUCUCCGCCCUCUCACCACAUUAAUCGCCUGGGACCUCAUAGGGCCCUCCCACCCCGCCACGCGCCUGCGUCUCCUUCCUCCCGUGCCCCUCACGAUCCUGCUCAUGCCCGUGUUUCUCUCCCCGUCCCCUCCUCCUCUCCAUUUUUCCUUGCAGAUCCUCCGUCUGUGUCCCCCUCUCCGGCCCCUCACCACACUCAUAGCCUGGGACCUCAUAGGGCCGUCCCACCCCACCACCCGCCUGCUCAUGCUUAUUUAUCUUCUCCCUUCUUACCGCUCUCUCUCCCUUCUGCAGAUCCUCAGCUUGUGCUCCCCUCUCCGUCCCCUCACCACACUCAUCGCCUGGGACCUCAUAGGCCCUUCCCACCCCGCCAUCCGCCUGCGCCUGCUCUGGGCUCUCUGGCCUCAUGAGUCUGCCCGUGCCCUGCUGCCCCAUGAAGUGGCUAGCAUGGUGCGAGCAGCCGACCCGUUUGUUGCACGGCUGGCUAUGGAGCUGCUGCAGGUGCAGCCGCCCCUGCACGUGCUGCUGUCUCUGGGCACCCACUGCUUCCACCCGGAAGAAGUCAUUGAAUUGCUCAAGGCUCAGCCUGGAGCUGGAGGCAACGUGCUGGGUGCUGCAGGCCCGCCCAGCCUGGAGCUUGAGGUGGAGGCAACGUGCUGGGUGGGGCAUCUGACAGGUGAGAGAGAGGUGGGCCUGCAUGGUACGAGGCGAGGGGAGCAGCUGAUGCCCAUUUGUUGCACGCCUGGCGUUCGAGAUGCUGCUGGUGCAGCAGCCCCUGCUCAUGCUGUUGAUUUUGGGGAGAUUUUUCAUGUGCUGUUUGGCGCCCAAGGCAGCAGAGACUGGGACUGGGACGUGGAGCUUCUUCACAUGCUGUUUGCCGCGCAGGCAGCAGAGACUGCCGUGCAUGCCAUGGCAGGGAGCGGCAGGGGAAGAGACGGAAUGGGAGAGGGAGCAGCAGAGGCAAUGAGGGCGGUGGAGUCGUUCGAGCAUCAUGCAGCCCGUGUCACCACUGCUGCCCGCAAGAUCUGGAUGGGCUACAUGGUGCGCUCGCUGCUUCUCGCUGCCUCCGAGCCACCUUCCACCACGAAUCACAGUCCAGUGGCCGAUGAGGACAGCCUGGCAGCUGUCACUAUGGCCUGCCUUCAGCUCCUAGCGAAGCAUGAUACCGCUGCUGCUGCUGCUGGUGAGGUUCCUGAUGCUAGUGCUGAUCCUUUCGCUGGUGCUGGUGCUGUUGCUGGUGAUGACGGGUCGAAUGCUGGUGGUGGUACCACAGCAUCUGUAGCACCAUCAGCACCCCCGGCUGUAGCAGUGAUGGAGGCCUUGCUGGCGGCUGUAGCCAAGCAUCUGCCGCCCCAGGGCACGGAGACGCACGGCAUGGCGCGUCCUUUUCUGCUGGACGCGUCUCCCAUGAGUGACGUGGACAAGCGGACGGCACGGGCGCUGCUGAAGCGGAAGGAUGUGGGGGAGGUGGGAUCUGGUGGUGGUGAUGAUGGUGCUGCUGCUGCCAACGGUGCUUCUGCUUCUUCUCCUGCUGCUCCUGCUGCUGCUGUUGCUGCUGAUAAUAGUGAUGGUUCUGCCACUGUUACUGCUGCCACUGCUGCUGCUGCAUCUGCUGGCCUGAAAGGAACAGAGUCAGAGGAGGAGCACCUGGGACAAAAGGGACAGGGGAAGCCAGAAGGGGGCAGCACAGCAGAAACGAUAAGCUUGCCUUCCAGAAGGAAAAGGAGGCUGCUUAGUGGGGAUGGGGCAGGGGCUGAGGAGCAGGAGCAGGAGGAGGGUACAGGGAUGGAAGAGGAGAGAUUGCAACAGCUAGGAGGGCUUGGUGUGGAGGGUGAGGGGCGAAUGACAGGAGAUAAGGGAGAUGGAGGUUUGUCUGGGGAGGGUUUAGCUGAACGAGGUUCGGACUCAGAUGCUUCGGAUUCAGACACUACAUUCGAUGGUCUAGAUGCUGAUUUUGCUGCUGAGAUGGAUGCUGAGCUGGACGCACAGGCGUCUGACGUGGCAGCGGCGGCAGUGGGAGUGCUGGCCUCUGAUUGGAAGCAGAGGGCGCAGGUUGUGCGUGAUUGGCUGGACGACUGGCAGUGGCGGCUGGCAGUGCUGAAAGCUGAUUGGCUGGGUGUUCGUGCUGGCGGUGGGAAAUUGGAGGAGGGGGUGUUGCAAGAAGAAGAAAAUCUGGAGAGAAGAAUGCAUGAGGAGGGGGAGGUGGAAAAUGAAGACGAGGCGAGUGGUUCUGAGCAGGAGAGUGGAUUGAAGGGACGUGGGAGAAAGGGAGGAGAAGUGAAAGGGCAGGCAGGGAAGGGGAAGGAGCGGAGACAGCGGAGUGAUUGGUCGGCAUGGGGGUGGCACGAGGUGGUGGCGUGGAUGCGAGUGGAUCCCUCUGCUCUCAUCUCCUGCUGCCUGUCGGUUGGUGAUUUCUCGCUCUGCGCCGCACUCACUUGCCGCUUCCCACUGGCCGUGCACACAGAGGCACGAGUGCAGCUCUCUGCAUGGCUCGCCCGUCACGAUCAAUCCAGAGUCUUCCGGUGUGACAGUGGGACACACAGUAGCAGCAGCAGUGUUGCUGCUGGCAGUAGCAUGGCAGCAGGGAGUGGAAGUGGGGAAACGGGUGGGGAAGCUAGCAAAGAAGGUGGAAACAACAGUGGGACCAGUGGUGCGAGUGGAAGAGGUGGUGGGAGCAGGAGUGGGUUGGAGAGGGUGGGGAGUGUGGAGGCGAGGGAGAGGCGAGUGAGGGAGAACGAACAGGUGGACACGCUAUUCUCGCUCUUCUUCGCUCCAUCACAGGCCAUGUGGGAGAUGUUCCCCGCUCUUGACAUGGUGGCAGUGCUGCUGGAUGCAGCAGCAACGCAGGCUCGCACCGCCCCUGACGCCCUUGUGCUGCUCGACCAGGUAUGGCAUGAUUCUCAUUUCCAUUCCAAUCCUCUCUCUUUCCGUGCCAGCAUGCCAUCUGCAUGCUUCAACUUUGGAGACGUCUCAGAAGGUAUUCGCGUUCCUCUCUUCCGUUCAGCAUGCACUUGCUCCAACGGUUUCUUCUCCCACUUGCUUCUUCCCCGACCAACGCUGCAGGCUCGCACCGUCCUGACAGCCUGGCAGGCGGACCAACAACGACUGAAGGAAGACAGCAAGGGCAGGGGGUGCAAGGAGCAUUCGGGGAAGCAUCAACAGCAGCAACAGCACCAGCAGCAGCACCAGCAAGAACAAGAGGGAGAUAGUAGCAACAACUUCAACUUAGUGCAGUGGGCAACGGCGGAGCGGCUGUUGCAGAGGCUGGAGGCCAUUCAAAAUCAGGACCCCACCACGCCUCUCCCGAGCCUGCUGGCUGCCGUGCAGCCGCACCUGUCGCCGUCCCCGGGCCUGUCAGGCUCGGCAGGGGUGCGGCGUGGCCCCAAGGCUCGGGCGGUGAUGGCGCUGCAGCAGGUGGUGGCAGAUUGCGAGGCGGGCACAGCGCAAUUCGUCAGUGGCAUGGUCUGUGAUGGCGUUGCAGCAGGUGGUGGCGGAUUGCGAGGCGGGGACGGCGCAAUUCGUCAGCGGUAUGGCUUUUGUUCAGGCAAGCUACACAAUCUUAUCCGAGCCUUGGAAGACCCCGAACCAGCAGCAGACCCUCUCUCCCAACUCAUCCCCACACCUGCCACGGCCGCUGGCCAGUCAGGGUCCGCCACGUGUCCCCCUCCCGGCAGCGGGCUUGGCUUUGGCAUUGGGCUGGACGUGAUCUUGCCAGAGCAGCCUGCUACAGACGCUACAGCCGAUGCUGCUGCAGCCACAGGAGACGCUACAGCUGCUGCUACAGCCGGGGGAGGAGCAGGAGGAGGAGCAGGAGGAGGAGCAGGGGGUGGAGGGGGGCCAGCAAGUGUGCCUGCAGUAUCUGCCCGGACCGAUUCCCAAGGCUCGGUGGCUGCUGCAGCUGCGGUGGCGGGCUUAGCUUCGGCAACAGGUUCGGCGGGAGUGGGAGUGCUGGCCAUGCAGGGGGCAGCAGGGUCUCCUGUGCACACCCCUCCUCUCUCCCCCCGCUGGACCCGCUCCUCCUCUAGCCUUGGCCUCUCCGCCGCUGCCGCCGCUGCUGCUGCUGCUGCUGCUGCUGCUGCUGCUGGUGGUGCAUCGGUGGCAGCAGCAAGGGAAGGUGCCGGUGCUGCUGGUGCAUUGGAAGCAGCAGCAGCGGCAGCAGCAGUUGAAGAGCUCUCUGAAGGAGGUUCAGCUAGGUCUGCCUCCCUCCCUCUUCCCUCCACUGCUGUUACUACUUCCUCCUCUGCUGCUGCUCCGUCUCCCCUUUCAGGACUAUCGCGCUCCUCUGUAGGCGCUGUCAGAAUGCCCCCUCCCUCCACAACCACCACCAUCACAAGCACCCCAUCUGCUGCUGCAUCUGCACGCGUAUCUGCUCCUCCAGCUCCAGGUGCUUCCUCAGGUGGGAAUGCCAGAGCGUCUGCCCCGCUCCCUCCUGUGCUGCGAUCCUCCAUGCCCAGUCUCUGGCCUUUCUCUUUCAACUCUGCAAACGCCAAGCAGGCUGCUGCUGCAGCAGAGGGGCAGAAUGUAGUUGGGCUUCAGUCCCUUCUAGGGUCUAGCACUGGCAGAGAAGCAGCAGGAGCAUCAAAAGCAGCAGGAGCAGCAGCAGGAGGAGCAGGAGGGACCGGAGGGGGAGGAGAAAGGGGUGGAGAAAAGGGAGGAGGAACGGCAGGAGCAUUAUCAUCAUCAGCAACAGCAGCGGCAGCAGCAGGGUUGCGAGGGCCAGGGAAGCAGCCUUGGGAUCAUCCCAAGGGUUACCUGCCAGUCUUCUUGAACUACGUGGUUCAAAUUGGGGAUAUAGUCGACGACAGUGACCCCAGCCACCCCUUUAACUACUUCUCUUUACUAAACAUCGACCCGGUGGAGCUUUUAAGAGAGCUUGUGUUUGUGAGAGGGGAUAUUGCUGCUGCGUUGCAUGUGGCUGGGAUCAUGGGUCGGGAAUCCCUACCUGCUGAUAUCAUCCCCGCAGCUCUCCCGAGCCUGCUGCCGCCUGUGCCGAGCCUGAAGCUCUGCUCCGUGGCUCGGCGCUUCCGAAGCAGACUGCUGGGCAGGUCCGGAGGAGGACCAGGGCAGGGUAGGCCCGGUAGGAGCAAGGUAGCAGGAGGAGUGGGAGGGGUGGAAAGUGCGGAGAAGCUUCUGGUGCCUUCUCCGUAUGAGCCGCCGCGAUUUGCACUGAGUAUGGAUGUGGUUCAGCUGCUUGCGAGAGAUUCCAUGGUGCAUGCUGUCCUAAGGCUGCUUCUCUUCGCCUGUCUCUUACUCCCCUCACUUGGACACCCCCCGCUUCCUCCCCUCAGCAUUCCAAUCAUCCACCGGUGGGUCACUCUGCAAUCUGCCAUUCACUCUAUCGCCAUUGCUGCUGCUAAAGCACCCUCUCGCCCUCCGAAGCAGCAAGCAGCAGCAGCUGCAGCACCACCACUAGGAGGAGCCGCAGCAGGUGGGGAGGGCACUGUGGGGGGAGGAGUCAGAGGCGGGCCACUGGGUGCAGGGGUUGCAGGGAUGGUGGGGGUUGCACAGCCAAGGGGAUCAGAAGAGGGAGGAAUGCCAAUAAGGCAACAGGAGGCAUUGAGAGAACAGCCCUUGGGUCGGGACAGCUCUAGCCUUGGAGGGACCUUGGCUGUGCAUUCGCCUGGUAACAGUAGCAGGAAGGGCGGUAGGGGGUUUGCAGGGUCAGCUCUGCUGCUUGCAGGGCAAGAAGGAACACCAAGGAGAGUGAGAGGUGCGAGAUUGCCUGGAGCAGGGGGGGUAGCAGCAGAUGGUAUCGGUGGGCCGGUGGUGGGUAAAGGGCCGGUGGUGGGUGAAGGACAGGUGGUUGAAGGAGGAGGAAGAGGCACAAAACGGCCUCUUGCUGUUGAAAUGGAUGCUGUUGAGGUGGGAAGCGGGGAGGGGGUUUCUGAGAGAAGGGGGUUUCUGUCUAUGGGGGAAACAAGACACGCGAGUGCUGGUGUUGCUGAGAGAAGGGGAGCAGGGGAGGAUCCAGCUCAGGGGGAUCCCAGCUCAAUGCCAGACCAACGAGGGUUGGCAGGAGAGGAGGGAGGAGCGACAGGAGGAGUGAGGGAGGAGCAGGGGACUUGUGAAAGGGAAGCAGGGGUAGCAGGGGCGGAAGGGGCAGCAGGGGUAGCAGCAACAGCAGGGGCGGCAGAGGUAGCAGGGGCAGCAGCAACAGCAGGGGCAGCUGUGGCAGGUGGUCGGCUGGAGGCUCUGUUGACAGAGUGGGAGGAUUUGCGGCCUGUGAGGAUUCACCUGGAGAGCCUGAUUGCUGACUCGCGGUUGGCCGAAGCCCUUGAGCUGGCAGACACGUGGCUGCCUGAGGGGGCGCCAGAUCACCUGCUGUGUCUGCUCGUGGAGCAGGCAGAGCGCUCUGAUGGUGCUACUGCUGCUCACACGCACACAGCAGGAGCAACUGGAACAUGGACGGCAGGAGCAGGGGCAGGGGCAGGAGGAGACAUGAUGCGGUUUCAGAAGGUGCCUGUAACACAGGCAAGCAGGGUGCAGCAGAAGAGUCCAAGGAGUGGAGGAGUUGGGUUUGCAGGUUCUGCGGCUGCUGGUGGUGGUGCUGGUGGGGGGAGUGAGGCAGGGGGUCGCACUGGCAGUGCGGGCAAGGCCGUGGGGAAGCCGGUAACAGCGGGUGACAGCUGGCGGUUUGUGAUUCGCGUGGCUGACAAGGAGCUUGCAGCGGCGCUGGCUCUGAGGUACCACCACAGCUGGCAGCUGUCACCCAUCCACACCGUGUUCAACACCUGCCUCUCACACCUCCAUGCACACUCGCCCCUGCGCUCUCAGUCAUCUGUGGAUCAGUACACUCGCAUCCGCUCCAUUCUCAACGACAGAACCCUUGCCACGUGGCAGCAGGUCAGUGGCUUGGCUCUUCGUACUUGUUUGUCGUUCGCGCGCUCUGCUUCCGCGAUCCCGAGCCCUGCAGUGGGAAUGAGAUAUCUGGAGAGAUUGAUGUUGGAAGGGGCGAAGGAGCGUGAUAGCAGCAGGCACGCGGGUCAGGAAGACAGGGUCGGCAUGGAUGGUGGCUCUACUGCUACUGGUGAUGGGUCUGGUAUGGCUGGUGUUGGUGGUAGCACUGGUGCUUCUGCUUCCACUGCCGCUCCUGCUGGUGCCGGUGCCGCUUCUGGCGGUGGUGAUAGGAGGAGCGGAGAAGAGGGGGUGGAAGCAAGGGGGAGAGUGGAGGGCAGGGAGGGAGUGAUGGGUGUUGUGCUAUCGGCCAUGCAGUGGGCUCCGUCCCUGCACGCCAAGAAGCUCAUCGUACGUAUCCUCAUGCGCUUGCCUCUUUCCAUCCAUGUGACUAGCCACCUCACCUCACCUGCCUAUCGGCCAUGCGCAGAGGCAAGUUUGCCUUCUGCUGACGUGGCAGACGCCAGGCAGCUCCAACUAGGCCUGCAGCUUCUGGGAACCUUCCCGACGGAGUGGCAGCAGCGGCUGGGAGGGCAGCAUGUGGCUGUGCUGCUGCAGCCGGAGCUUAUAGUGGAGAGCCUUAUAAUGGAGAAACACACCUCCCUGCUGCCACAGAUCUUCGCCAAGUUUCCAGCCCUUCGCAACGACACUCUUCUCCUCUCCUACGCACGCAAAGCCCUCCUCCCCUCCCCUCUCUCCCCCUCCUCCUCCUCUUCCUCCUCCGCCUUCGCCUCUUCCUCUCCCUCCACCACCCACCCAUCUGCCACCUCCCCUCCUCCUCCCCCUCCUCCUCCUCUUCCCCACCAAAACUCCCUCCGCUCCUCCGCUGUCCCCCGGCCGCCCUCCGUCCCUCCCGCACCCAUCACCAGCAGCUUUCUGCGCAUUCAGCAGCAAGCUUCCCGCGUCUUCCCUUGGGGGGGAUCCUCUGGUGGUGGUGGUGGUGGUGCUGCUGCUGCUGCUGCUGCUGCUGCUGCUGCUCCUUCUAGCGAUGUCUUUGCAAGCCCUGUUCCAUCCCCUCGUGGUUCCCAUGGGUUAGGAUGGAUAGGAGGAGGGAGAGGAGGAGGAGGAGGAGGGGGAGGAGUGGGAGUGGGGGUGGGGAAAGGGAGUGGGGGGACAGUGGGGGUUGAUCGCCCGCCGACGCUUGCAGAGGCAGCAAAGUCACGGCUUUCAUCCUCCAUUUCUCUGGAUUCUCCUGCUCGUACCUCUGCCUCUCACUCUGCUGCCUCUGCUGCUGAUGCUGCUGGUCGUAGUGGUGCUGCUUCUGCCUCUGGUGGUGGUGGUGGUGGUGCUGCUGCUGCUGCUGCUGCUGGUGCAACCCGUUUUGGAGCACGAGGGAGGACAGUCAGCAGCGGCACUGCUAGCCUGCAAACCAGCCCGUGUCCAGGUUCACUGAACCAGCCACAUGGCACAGGCACCGCUACAGCCGCUACAGCUGCUAGAGCAGCCGGCGCCCAUUCGGAAGUUUCCGGGCGGCAUCUAAAAUCCGCCAUUACAAUAAGCUCCAUGUCACUUCCUGAGCUGAUUGGCCAGCCUGUCGGGUACCUGCCAGGUGGCCGCACGGGAUUGGACGAGGUGUGCGAGGAGGGGGGUGGAGGAGGGGAGGGCGAGGAGGGAGAGGAGGAGGCAAUGGGGAGGCUAGGAGCGCGGGACAUGCAGCAAGGAGCGAUCUUGAUAGGGGAAGAGAAUCAGGAUAGUGAAACGAGAGCGCACCAUGUGUUUCCAGACACGCCAGAUGUUUCUUUAUUCCAGUCGCUUGCUUCGCUGUGUUCUAGAAGAUUCUCGGUGGUGAAGGGGCUGCUGGCAGUGGUGGUGGAACAGGCUGGCGUGGCUCUGGCCAAGGAGAGUGUGCCACGUGGCACCAGCCUGCUGUCGCUGACUCAGACCGCCUUCCUCUCGAAAGCCUACCUCAAAGCACUCACCAUUGUGAGAGACCUUCUCUUGGCAUACCAGACGCAGCUUGCCAAGCCUGGACCUGCCACCCGAACCACAGGCUCGGCACGCGAGCCACCAGCCCAGGUCCGGGCAAGAGGCUCGGCGCAGGUUCGGGGGCGAGAUCCGGCGCAGGUUCGGACACAGCUGAAGGUGCUGAAGCAGCUGCUGGUUCGGGCAGAGGCUUGGAUCGCACGGGUGAAGCUUCUGAGAAGGUUCCUGGCGGAUAAUGUGGGGGUGGGGAUUGACGAGCUUGGUGGGGGUGACCCUGACUUCCAGCCUGGUUCUCCUGGGUUAUUUGCCUCUCUGUACAUUCACUCAGUGAUGGGAGGAGGAGAGAAGGGCGGGGCAGCAUGGGCGAUGUCCCUCAUUCGAGUGAAGAACUACACCCAGGCGCGGCACAUUCUAGAGCGACUCUUCCUCUUCCUCAACCCAGCCUCCUCUUCAGCUCCAACCACCGCUUCUGCUGCUUAUGCUACUUCUGCUCCUGCUGCCGCUCCAGCUGUUGCAAGCACUUCUGGCAGGCGCGUUUCCUCCUCCUCCACCUCCUCUUCUUCCUCUGCUGCAGCUGCUGCUGCUGCGAGUUCACAAGGAGUUGUGGUGGGAGCGGGAGGAGCAGUGUCAGCAGCAGGAGGGGGGAGAGAGGUGCUGAGGAGUCGCGGAGGGAUGGGGGCAAGCACAGGACAAGCAGGAGGGGCAGGAGGGGCAGGAGGAGCGGGAGCGGUGGGAGGUGUGGGAGGAGGGGGUGGAGGGGAGAGGAUGGCAGUGGUGUCAUGGGAAGUCGUACGCUUCAUCGAGACUUGUAUUCCUGCUGAUGUGCCCGGGACUCAGCUGCUCCUAUCCCAAACAGAGAAGGCAGUAGCAGAUUCUUUCCAAGACUCCCUCACAGCAGAGUCCUACCUGGGCGCUCUCACCUCCCCCAUGACACAGGAUGCCAUAGAUCUUUGUUCUUUCUCCCAUAUCCUUGCGUCUGUCUGUGCCAUCGCUCUAUCCCAAACAGAGAAGGCAGUAGCAGAUUCUUUCCAAGACUCCCUCACAGCAGAGUCCUACCUGGGCGCUCUCACCACCACCUCCACCCUCUUCAGCUCUCCCACCCUCCGCCCCUCCUCCUCCUCCUCCACCUCCUCCUCCUCCGGCCGCCCAUCCUCCUCCUUAGCACCACCAUCCACUGCAACUGCAUUCGGUACCAAUGCUGCUUCUAACACUCCUUCCGGUCCUGCUGCUGCUGUCACUUCUGCUGGCAUUUCUCCGAUCCUAGGGGCCAUGCCCCCUCCUGCUACAUUGCCAUAUGAUGAUGGUAGAGAGGGAGGAGGGCGAGAACGUUCAACAUAUGUCCGCCAGUCAGCGUUCGAGGCGCAGGGAUCUGCCUGGUCAGGACACGGAGAAGGGGAGUCAAGAAGGCGAGGCGAGGGGCAAGGAGAAGGGAACAAGGGGCGAGAGGAAGGGCAGGGAGAGGGGGUUGCGGUGGUGGAGGAUGAGGAGAGGGAGACGUUUUCAUACCUGGAUGAUGAGCGGUUCAAUGAGUGCACUCAGCUGCUUAAGCGGCAUGCCCCUCGGGAUCUGCUCCCCUUCAUGUUCAGACACGGCCGCUACCGCUCCGCCUGCUGGCUUAUCUUCUUCCCUCCUCCUCCUCCCCACCCUUCCUCCUCCUCCUCCCCUUCUCUCACAUCCACCCCCGAGCACAACAGCAUCAGUAGCAGCAGCACCACCACCACCGCCACCGGCACUCUUCCUAACCCCUUGGCACCUCAGCCACCUGCUUUUUCGCUCAGCCCGGCUUGGCCCUUCCUGUCCUCAUUAUUAGACUGGGAUCCGUUAAAGUCAGAGCACGCUACUGUAGAAGAGCUGUGCGCACUGUGUGUAUCAUACGGAGCUGUCGAGGUGCUGGAAAGAGUGGUGGCAGAGGCACUAGGAGGGAGUGCGGCAGGAGGAGCAAAUGGUGCUGGUGGUACUGGUGCUGCUGCUUCUGGUGGUGGUGGUGGUGCUGCUGCUGCUGCUGCUGGUUGGAGUGUUAUAUCUGUUGCACCAUCAUCAUCAGCAGCAGCGUCGCCAGCGUCAGCAGCAUGGGCGAGUGCCAAUGUCAAGUGCCUGGCGGCUCUUUCCCGCAUCUGCACUUUCUUUGAGUCUCAAAAGAACUUCCACUUCCUAUUCCGAUUCCUUCUGCUAGCUAAAGACUACGUGGCAGCAGGGCUGUGCAGCAUCCAGCUCUUCCUCUACUCGCCCGAUCUUCGCACCGCAGCAACGCACCUGCAGCAGGCACAGCUGCUCUUUGAGAAGGGCACAGAAGCCAGGCAGAACGCAGCAGCGGAUUUGGCAGCAUCGGUCGGCCCUCUUGCUGCUGCCGGCAAGAGACUCGCCGUCUCUGCCGCCUCCUCUUCCUCCAAUGCUACUGCUGCUGCAAACACCUCUGGUGCAGGAGGAGGAGCAGGUAUAUCUGGAGCAGCAGGUGCCAGCAGUAGUGGCAGCAGCAGCAGCAGCACCUCCACAAGCAGUAGCAGCGCAGCUGCCAGCCUGGCACUGAUCAGCAAGCAGCGGGCGGCGACAGCAAAGAUAUCGGACGAGGAUCUGCUGAGGCUGCAGCGGCUGGCAGAGCUACAGCUGGAGGUGGUGCGGGUGGUGGGGUCGUGCAGUGGCAGGGACAGCAGCAGCGUGCCUCUCGUGGGGAGUGCGAGGAAGGCGCCGUGGAGCGUGGCGCUGUUUGGUGCUCCCAGCGAUGCGCGGACCAGCAAGCGGCGUGUUGAAGUGACAGAGUUUCUGGUCGAGAGAGAGUUCAACCUGGCGCUGGAGGUGAUCAACUUCCUGCACCUGCCAGCUGUGCAGAUCUACGCCAGCGUGGCAGCCUCGCUGGCGGAGAAGCAACAACACCGCGUGCUGUUUGAAGGGUUGAUGGACCGGAUCAAAUACAUGCUGCCGCCCGCUGACAUGGACGAGGUGAUUGGAGCAGCGGUAAUGGUCUACACCCACACUGCUGUCAAGCUCUCUACUCUCUCCCUGACCUUCACCGGGCGGCAAGACAUGUCCCGAUCUGUGAAGCUGCCAAAGGAGCAGAUCGACCGACUCAUCCACAUGCUGUCAGACGAGCACAAGAAAGUUCUCUUCAACGUGGCGUGUCGCAGGCUACGCCUGGCCUUUCAGAUUGCCACGGGGCACUUCCAGCCUCAGACCGUCGGUGCUGCAACUCCCGCUGCUGCCAGUGCCAGCAGCACCAGCACUGGCGGCGGCAGCAGCAGUGGUGGUGGUGGAUUCGGGCCGGUGUACCCGUUACAGAGUCGCAUCAACGAUGUGAUUUUCAUCAUGCAUGAGGCUCGGAACGCACCUAAGGUCCGGGAGCACUGCCGGGAGUGGCUGGCGGGUCGGGGCGUGGUGAUUGACAAUGUGGAGCCGCACUCACAGCCUCACUUGCUCCCUCAUCAGGCAUGGCCUCUCGGGCACGGGGCACAGCAGCCACAGACCCUGCGGUAA